AUGUCAAACGACGACUCAGAUGACCCGAACCUGGUGGUCAUUCCUGUGGAUCCCCUUUUAAGUGAUGGAGACGCAAAUCGUUGGCCUAAACCAGGUGUUCCAGGUGCACGCUUUGAAUACACUAAGAUUGAUGACUCGAGAUGGAGAGCGGCCCUUGCUGAAAUGUGGGUCAAAGAGACCGGUGCUCUAGAAGAAAGUGUUGGGUAUACCCUUGACUCAAUGCCCGAGGGCUAUGCAAUUUUUGAUCGGCCCCGAGGAUCCGACCCUAGAUUUCGGGAUGCCUUCCUGUAUGGACACCCGAGCGGCACCUAUUACCAGUCUCGUCCUGCUUCUGCAAAAGGAGGUCAGCCUCGAAAGCGCCGCACAAAGGCUGAAAUGGAAGCUGCCAGGGCCUUGGCAGCGGGAAGUACGGCAGCAGCAACUACAGAUGGAAGUGUCAGGUCAAGUGUCAAACGAACACAAGUGAAUGUUGACAGACUACCGGACAUGCCCCAAGAUGAUGAAGGUCCCGAUUACUGGAAGAUACAUAUUGCGAAGCUGAAGAGGACCGGCUCUAUUGACGAAGAGAUCCAUCAUCCUCUCAAUAUGGACUGGGCCUUGACCCAUGAAUGGCUGGCCGAUUACUUCGUCCGACUACAGCUUCAGGCAGCGUUUAUUCCACGUCGAGGGGAGGUCGUCCUUUGGACCCAUGAGCUCGAGGGUCCGCUUGUGUGGAACAGCGAUGCCAAAUGCUAUAUGAUGCGCAAAAAUGACGCUUGGAUCGCCCCAGAAUGGCGUGCUGGUAUCGUCACCCAAACCCCAGAAGAAGCAACAAGUUUCCUGGACAUCGUCCAGUUAACAGACAAAUUAAACCCAUCUAUCUCCUACUGGGGAUUCCGAGUCGAAACGGUCCCAGAUCCUCUCAACGAUGAGGACAAGGCUUAUUCGUCGCAGUACAACUAUGUCCCACUGAAAUGUAUCAAACCAUUCGGUUCUUAUGAGAGAUUUCUGCAUGGGAUCCCACGUGAGAAACUCCAUCCUUCCAUCGAAUAUGCCAUGACAACCAUGGCCUCAUGGAGUCUCCUCUUUCAUACCCACUUCAAAGGAACCUGGCCCAACGCCCGGGUCUACAGUCAAGGCAUUUUCAUCGGGCCAGAACUCCUUGCUGUCAAAGACACUGUGCGCCUGAAGCCCUUCGGCCUGAGGCAGGAACAAAUGGAGGAUAGCGGCAAUGUUCUCCACAGUGAGCAUGACCCCGUAGACGUGAUGGUCAUUGAAAAGAUCUGGCUUGGACUUGAAGAAUGCCACGAUGAUCCAAAAGAUCCUCUCCUCGCAACCCGAUGUCUCCCUUACAUCUCAGGGAAAGUGUAUACGCGCGAUGCCAAUCGUCUCAGCCGCGAUAUGCCCUUCGACAAAGACCCUCUUCAGAAAUUGUCCAUCGACGAAACUGCCAAUGCGUUCUGCCAGAUCGGAAUGAGCACCUACGGUGACUGGUAUCGCGUUGCUGGUGGACGCACAUGCGUCGUUUCUCCGCCAAUGAUUCUGGGCCGGUGCUACGAGCCCGAAGCAACAACCCUGCACUUUGGGGGUAAAAGGCUUGAUUACGACCUCCAUGGAAUUAUGAAUGGACGUCGGUACUCAAGCGAAGUGGAUGUUCGGAUGCCAAAGGGUUUCGACUGGUUUUGGGGCGAUAAUCGUGUGGAGACCCUGGGCCUAGCCUCGGUCAAUGGUGUCGACGUCGGCGUUGGGGCGGUGCAACGCGAGAACCCCCAGCGAUGGCAACGUAUCUUGCGAAUGCUCCAUGGACCCUAUUCAGACAUAGAUAUCAAAAAAGCUGCGCUACCUCGGAAAGUUGGGCGGCCUCCAAAGAUCAAGUUUGGGGAAGUGGGGAAGACAAGUAAGCUUGUCAGUACUGGGCUGGGUGUACGCUCUGGCUCUAGUUCCAGUGAUGCGGUGGAGGUUGAUAUGAUGGCUGAGGACGAGGAUGAGACGAGUUCAUCUGAGAAGGAUCUCUCGGAGGGAGAACUGACUGCCCCGGUCCUGUAUCGCGGUGGCACGGAAGAAAGUGAGGGCGGAGACUAUGAUCCUCGCAAUGUUUGA